UUGUUUUCAUGUGAUUAGCAGGCAGGGGAACUUCUGAGAGUGACACAGCUGUGCUGUAAAGAACGCCAGCCCACGGACUGCGCUGCAGAAGAACUUUCCUGCCAGUGCUGAUAGACCCGAGAGCUGGAUUGCCUGAGCCAUGGAGCGAGAACCCAUGCGCAUCAGGGAGGGCUACUUGGUUAAGAAGGGCAGCAUGUUUAAUACCUGGAAGCCAAUGUGGGUCGUGCUCUUAGAAGAUGGAAUUGAAUUCUACAAGCGGAAGGCUGACAACAGCCCCAAAGGGAUGAUACCACUAAAAGGAAGCUCUAUUAACAGCCCAUGCCAAGAUUUUGGCAAAAGAAUGUUUGUCUUCAAGCUCACUGCAGCCAAGCAGCAGGACCACUUUUUUCAAGCUGCCUACCUGGAGGAGAGAGAUGCCUGGGUACGGGAUAUCAAGAAAGCAAUUCAUUGCAUAGAUGGAGGCCAAAGGUUUGCCAGAAAAUCCACGAGAAGGUCUAUCAGACUGCCUGAAACAAUCAACCUGAGCGCUUUAUACCUCUCAAUGAAAGAUCCUGAAAAGGGAAUAAAGGAGUUGAAGCUGGAAAAAGAUAAAAAGGUGUUCAAUCACUGCUUUACAGGCACCUCUGUGAUUGACUGGCUGGUGUCCAGCAAAUCCAUCCGAAAUCGCAAAGAAGGUCUCAUGCUUGCCUCGUCCCUCUUGAGUGAAGGCUACCUACAGCCUGCAGGGGACACGUCCAAGGCUGCUGCCGAGGGACUCUCAGACACCCCCUUCUUAGAUCUCAGCGAUGCCUACUAUUACUUCCCUGACAGUGGGUUUUUCUGCGAGGGAAAUUCUAGUGAUGAUGAUGUAGUCCUGAAAGAAGAAUUCAGAGGCAUAGUAGUCAAACAAGGAUGUUUGCUGAAACAGGGACAUCGCAGGAAGAACUGGAAAGUGAGAAAGUUUGUUUUAAGAGAAGACCCUGCAUACCUUCACUACUAUGAUCCUGCUGGAGGAGAAGAACCACUAGGAGCAAUUCACUUGAGAGGCUGCGUGGUGACAGCAGUGGAAGACAUGCCAGACACCAAGAAGUAUGAUGUUGACAACAUCCUCUUUGAAAUCAUCACAGCAAAUGAAAUCCACUAUUACUUGCAAGCAGCCUCAUCUGCAGAGCGUACAGAGUGGAUCAAAGCGAUUCAGGCAGUUUCUAGGACUGGGAAAUGAAGAUGACCUGCCAGCGAGAAGACAGACAACUGAAAUUAGUUGCUUAAAACAGGGACUUUAACAUUUCACUGAGAGAAAUCACUAUCAUCCAGAAAGGCAUCCUAAGGCUCGUAGGAUGCGGGUGAGGGUGGGUAGUAAGUUUUAAUUCUAUAGUGGGCACAAACAAACUAACAUUUUUCCACUGGUGUGAUGGUAAUAUUUUACUCAAUGAUAGCAUAAUCAUACCUUUCCAUGCUGCCACAGCUGAUAGAAUUUCACCAUUAACAGGGGACAGAGUCAUUGUCACUGACUAUAAGCGAGAAACUCCAGUAGUCACCUACCAUUCAGCCUGUCUCAGUAUCUUCAGAUAUUUCAAAGUCUUCCCAAGACAAACUUGACACUUUCUUCUUUACCCAAUCUUUUUACUGCUUGUUCACCUAUACAAGUAAUGCCAUAGAUGUAAGGAAAGAAAUCCAUUCACUUGGAAACUUGGUUCACUCCUUUAUAAUCCUUCAGUGUUAAGGAAGGGAAGACGGCAGGCUGCUAUGGAAGGACCAUGUGGAAAGCAAGUACAACUCAAUGACAGUGGUAUGAGGAAAAGUCCCUUCCCCCAGCAUUUCAAACUCAAAGUGAUCUCAGUUCAACAUUUUUUCACCUGAUUUUGACCUUUGCUAAAUUUAUCCACAAGAAUCUGCCCUAGUGCCAUUGUUUCCCUUCAUUAAGGGCUCCAACGCAGUUGUUAGGGUGUCACGUACUGCUGAUUUGACUUGUAUGUGAGUUAAGAACCUUACAGGAGGAGGGAAAGAAUCCAUGGGUUGGUUACUUGAUCUACUGGUUGAAGUGGUUUUGUUUAGCUUUUUCUUUUUUUUUUUUUUUUUUUUUUUUUAACCUCUAGCAACAUAUUCAGUCCUUGGUUCUGUGCCUUAGUAAUAUGAGAGAAACCUUAUGCUUGCUGUAACUGAAAUAAACAUUAUUAUUUGA